AUGGGUUCAUAUAGUCCCGUCCACGAUCAAGAAAUCCAUACCAUCUACAUCCCAGAAGAUAUACGCAAAUCUAGCAAACCCUCCCUCGAACUCAUCGCAGAAGCGGCUGCCUUCCUCCACAAAGAUGGCAUUAUUAUCAUCGACAACGCAAUCGAUACCGCUCACAUCGAUGCCCUCAAUGCCAAACUCUCGCCCGAAGCUCUGGAAAUCGCCAACAACCCCGGCCAUCACUUCAACUUCGGCAAACACACUCGCAACAUGGACCAGGCCCCUCCACCCAACAAGUCCCUGAUGUUCAAGGACGUCUGGUGCAACCCAUUCGCAGCAGCCAUUCUCGCCGCCGUUCUCGGUCCUCGACCCGUUAUCCACUACGCCAACGGAAAUACUGCGCUCAAGGCUCCUCCCCACGGCCGCCAACCAGUGCAUUCAGACUGCGAAUUCGCACACCCAGCCUUCUUUCCCUUCGCCUACGUUAUCAACAUCAAUCUCGUUGACGUUACGCCGCAGAACGGCGGCACCGAGAUCUGGGUUGGCUCGCACCACGUAAGCGUGCAAGAAGCACACAAUCCCGCCCAUGAGUGUGAGGAGCUGCUCACAAUCAAGCCCGAACUACUGGAGCAGAGGCGCAAGCACUCGCCGCCCAUCCGAGCGAGCACGAAGCGCGGCAGUAUAAUAAUCCGUGACCUGCGACUCUGGCAUGCGGGCAUGCCGAAUUUAACAGAUGAACCGCGCGUGAUGCUGGCCUUUGUGGCUUCACCGGCGUGGUGGCAGGGCAGAAGCAAGAUUCUUCUCCCUCAAGAUGUCAGGGAGAUGGUGGAGAGCUGGUCAGACGAAAUGCAGUUUGCGGCUGAGUACGUUGAAGGAGAGGUUGAUCAUAAGACUCUCUCGAGUUCAGGGGUGGAUUUCGACUCGAGUAGCCAGGUCCUGGAGCGGUUUAGGGAGGAUUUGAGUCGUUGGCCUGAGUACACGCCUAGAUGGUAUUAA